AUGCGGCCUCGCUCCCUAUCUCUACUGCUGCUUCCUUCUCCCUCCUCUUGCCGCCUGCUCCCACCCACCAGGAGCGUUACUAGGUCCAAGGUGCCUACCACCAUCGAUGAGAAGAUCUCAGCCAUCAAGACAAUGACCCAGCUGCGAUACCUGUUCAGCAUUCUCCCUCUCUGCCCUCCUCCUUGCCCAUCUGCCUCUCCUUUCCCCACUACCCUGAGCCUCGGGUCCAACUGGUUCUACUCCUCCAUCCCCGAGUGGCUCGUCCAAAUGCCCCAGCUCCGCUACCUCCACCUGCCCUACAACUUUCUCACAGGCCCCAUCCCCCCCAUCACAGCCCCGCUCAACUCCUUCGACGUCACCAGCAACCUCCUCUCGGGAACCUUCCCCCCGCGCAAAACGCCCAUCAAAGCCUGCCUCGCCGCGGGAAACUGCCUGGGAGACGCGUCGGCGUGCGCGGUGGGCGCGGGGCAGCAGCGGGCGGACGUGGGGGAUGCGUACUGUGGGGCAGUGGUGGGGGAUUUGUGCCGCCCGGCCCCGGAGGCAGGGGAGACGUGGCAGGACCAGGUGGCACUGCGCUGCUCCUCCCGUGAGUUGGGGCUUCUGAUUGCAAGUGUCAUGGCCGCCACUGAUUCAAUGGAACCUCUCGUGGAUGUCAAGAGUAUAAAGAGCCUAUUCUCACAGAGUCUCACCGUGCUCUGCUCCCUCUCUCUGCGCCUUUCCCCCCUUCUCCUACCAGCAAGCGUCAUGUCUGCCACUGAUUCAAUGGAAUCUCUCGUGAAUGUCGAAAGUAUACAAAGAACCUAUUCUCACAGCGUCUCACCUUGCUCUGCUCCCUCCCUCUGCCCCUUUCCCCCCGUCCCCCCUACAGCGAGUGUCAUGUCCGCUACUGAUUCAAUGGAACCUCCCAUGGAUGCACCUGAAGAGGUGGAGCAGACCAAAGGCCCCGAGGACGCCCCUGUUACAGGCACAUCCGUUACAGACACAUCUGACAGUACAUCGGACGAUACACUUGAUGGUACAUCGGGAGAAAAUACGGAUGGUUCUUCUACAGGCAGCGGCUCUGGAACACCAGUGGAUACGAAAUUCGUGCAGCCGGCGAAGGGAAAAGGGACCAAGGGAAAGAAUAGAGGCGGUGCAACAAAGGCGUGUUCGUGCAAGAAGAGUGCGUGCAAGGCGAGCGAGAUCUGCGUGAAUAUCCUUUCUAAUCAACGUACGCUGCUCUUUCUUCUUGCCUGCCUCUUCUCCCCGCUUCUCCCCUCUUCUCCCCACGCUUCUCCCCACGCUUCUCCCCACGCUUCUCCCCGCUUCUCCCCGCUUCUCCCCGCUUCUCCCCUCCUGCAGGCUGCUAGCGGAGGUGGAGGGGGCGCAUCGUGCCUUUGCAUUUCUAAUCAACGUCUGCUGCUUUUUCUUCUUGCCUGCCUCCUCUCCCCGCUUCUCCCCGUUUCUCAUCACUUCCCCUGCAGGCUGCUAGCAGAGGUGGAGGGGGCGCAUCGUGCUUUUGUCUUCAGCACGGGGAUGGCGGCCCUUGCUGCAGCCACCAGGCUGGUUACCACCGGUUCCUCCAUUGUAGCGGGUGACGACAUUUACGGAGGCACAGAUCGGCUGCUGUCAAGAGUGGUGCCUCGCGCUGGUGUUUCUGUCAGGCGGGUGGACACAACGGAUCUGGAAGCAGUGAGGGCGGCAGUGCUGCCCGGCACCAAGCUGGUCGUUAUGGAGAGCCCCACCAACCCCCGCAUGAUGAUCAGCGAUAUCAGGGCCAUAGCGGAAAUAGCCCACUCAGUGGGUGCGCUCCUGCUCGUAGACAACAGCAUCAUGUCACCCGUGCUCUCAAAGCCGCUGCAGCUGGGAGCAGACAUUGUGAUGCACAGUGGUACCAAGUUCAUCAGCGGGCAUAGCGAUGUGAUGGCUGGUGUGCUGGCUGUGAACGACCCCGAGUGA